UGCAGGCAGGGGCGGUAUAUCCAGUCUGACGCAGGGCGGGCCUCGCCAGUGCCAGGAGAGGGACGCGCCAGGGCGGAGGCGCCAGGAGCAGCCCCGAGCCUUCGCGAACACUCAGUCUAUGGCCACAGGGAGCCGCUGACAAGAGCCCGCCCUCCGCGCGCCCCGCGCUCUCCAGGCCAGCGCGCCCGCGCCUCCGCCGCCACCAUGAACCACUCGCCGCUCAAGACCGCCCUGGCCUACGAGUGCUUCCAGGACCAGGACAACUCGACGCUGGCCCUGCCCUCCGAUCAGAAGAUGAAGACCGGCACGUCCGGCAGGCAGCGCGUGCAGGAGCAGGUGCUGAUGACCGUCAGGCGGCAGAAGUCCAAGUCCUCCCAGUCGUCCACCCUGAGCCACUCCAACCGAGGGUCCCUGUACGAUGGCUUGGCCGACAAUUACAACAACUAUGGGACUGCCAACCGGAGCAGCUACUACUCCAGGUUCCAGGCGGGGCCUGGCUCGUGGGCCUAUCCGAUCUACAAUGGUACCCUCAAGCGGGAGGCUGACCACCGGCGCUUCAGCUCCUACAGCCAGAUGGAGAGCUGGGGCCGCCACCUGCCCCGGGCUGGCUGUCCCACCGCGGGCGCCGGCAGCGACAUCUGCUUCCUGCAGAAGAUCAAGGCCAGCCGCAGCGAGCCGGACCUGUACUGUGACCCCCGGGGCACCCUGCGCAAGGGCGUGCCCAGCAGCAAGGGCCACAAGACCACGCAGAGCCGUUACAGCUUCUACAGCACCUGCAGCGGCCAGAAGGGGGCCAAGAAGUGCGUGGCCCGCCCGCCCUCCUGCACCUCCAAGCAGGAGCCGGUGUACAUCCCGCCCAUGUCCUGCAGCAAGGACAUGUCCUUUGGCCACUCCAGGGCCAGCUCCAAGAUCUGCAGUGAGGACAUCGAGUGCAGUGGGCUGACCAUCCCCAAGGCCGUGCAGUACCUGAGCUCCCAGGAUGAGAAGUACCAGGCCAUCGGGGCCUAUUACAUCCAGCACACCUGCUUCCAGGACGAGUCUGCCAAGCAGCAGGUCUAUCAGCUGGGGGGCAUCUGCAAGCUGGUGGACCUCCUGCGCAGCCCCAACCAGAACGUGCAGCAGGCAGCGGCCGGCGCCCUACGCAACCUGGUGUUCCGCAGUGCCACCAACAAGCUGGAGACCCGGAGGCAGGGCGGCAUCCGCGAGGCCGUCAGUCUCCUGAAGAGAACCGGCAACGCCGAGAUCCAGAAGCAGCUGACCGGGCUGCUCUGGAACCUGUCCUCCACCGACGAGCUGAAGGAAGAGCUCAUCGCCGACGCCUUGCCCGUCCUGACCGACCGCGUCAUCGUCCCCUUCUCCGGCUGGUGUGACGGCAACAGCAAUGUGCCCCGAGAAGUCGUGGACCCUGAGGUCUUCUUCAAUGCCACGGGCUGCCUGAGGAACCUGAGCUCCGCUGACGCGGGCCGUCAGACCAUGCGAAACUACACGGGGCUCAUCGACGCCCUCAUGGCCUACGUGCAGAGCUGCGUGGCCGCCAGCCGCUGCGAUGACAAGUCCGUGGAGAACUGCAUGUGCAUCCUGCACAACCUCUCCUACCGCCUGGACGCCGAGGUGCCCACCCGCUACCGCCAGCUAGAGUACCACACUCGCAACGCCCACACCGAGAAGUCCUCCACCAGCUGCUUCAGCAACAAGAGCGACAAGAUGAUGAACAACAACUACGACUGCCCGCUGCCCGAGGAGGAGGCCAACCCCAAGGGCAGCAGCUGGCUGUACCACUCGGACGCCGUCCGCACCUACCUGAACCUCAUGGGCAAGAGCAAGAAGGACGCCACCCUGGAGGCCUGCGCCGGGGCGCUGCAGAACCUGACCGCCAGCAAGGGGCUGAUGUCCAGCGGCAUGAGCCAGCUGAUCGGGCUGAAGGAGAGAGGCCUGCCGCACAUCGCCCGCCUGCUGCAGUCCGGCAACUCGGACGUGGUGCGGUCCGGGGCCUCCCUGCUCAGCAACAUGUCACGCCACCCGGCGCUGCACAGAGUGAUGGGGAACCAGGUAUUCCCUGAGGUGACCAGGCUCCUCACCAGUCACACCGGCAACACCAGCAACUCGGAAGACAUCUUGUCCUCGGUCUGCUACACCGUGAGGAACUUGCUGGCCUCCCAGCCGCAGCUGGCCAAGCAGUACUUCUCCAGCAGCAUGGUCAACAACGUGGUCAACCUGUGCCGCAGCAGCUCCUCGCCCAAGGCCGCAGAAGCUGCCCGGCUCCUCCUGUCAGACCUGUGGUCCAGCAAGGAACUGCAGGCCAUCCUCAGACAGCAAGGCUUCGACAGAAACAUGCUGGGAGCCUUAGCCGGGGCCAACAGCCUCAGGAACUUCACCUCCCGCUUCUGAGAGGAGGUUGUCCCAGCAAGCUCAGCUCACAGAAGUGACCGGCCCCUCGGAGGAGACCGCAGGCUGGCUGGAGGGUCGUUCUGCCCAUCUGUGCAGCAUUUGGAAAAAGUCAAGCAACUGAGAGCAAAUCUGAAAACCGCGGAUGACGGAAAUAUUCUUAGAUUCUUCUUUUUUUUCCCUUGGGAGAUGGCAAGCGACGGGGGUGGGGGAGGGGGCCUUUCCUGAGUUAAAGGGGCUUUUAUGAUGUCAAUACUUCUUUUGCUGAGAAACGGUAUAUAUACGUGUGUGUAACGUAGGUGUGUGCACGCGUGUGCACACGCGUGUGCGUGCGUGUGUGUGCGUGCCUGGCGGCACGACCGUGAACUCCAGGAAGCAGGGAGCCGGGAGAUCGGGGCGCACAGGUGGCGAAGCCGUCGUGCUCACGGGCCAGUGACCGUGCUUCUUGUUAGGGCCGCACUUCCAGAAACGCCCGUGCCAGGU